GUCUUGUCUCUAUCUCCAUUUAAAAUAAUAAUAAUAACAUUACUAUCAGAUGAAUUGAAUUGAAUUAAACAAAAAAUAUUAUAAUAGUAAAAAAAAAGAUUUAAAAUUGAUCGAAUCACGGAUAGAACAUCUAUAUUUGGAUUACAUUGUUAAAAAUCCUGCGUUUUUUGAUGAAUGAUUGAAACUAUUAAACUGCAAAAACCUGCCAGCCAACUCCUCCCGUACAUACUAAAAAAAAAAGAAAUCUUUGAGAGUUUAUGACUUACUCAGUCUUGAAGAACUGAUGAUUACAACAAAAGUUGAAAAGAAACAAUAAAUUACAAUUAUUAUUAUUAUUAUUUGUGUAAACUUUUAAAACUUAAGCAGAAGAAAAAAAAUUAAAAAAGAUACAAGUGAACAAAAAAAAAAGUGGUUAAUUGUGUUGAAAUAAUAAAACAAAGGAGAUUAACGUGUUAGAGGAUAAGAAUUUGAACAGAAAAACAAAUCAAAAUGGAACGCGAAUCGAAUCCAAUGCAACCUAUGUGUCGAUCUGGAUGCGGAUUUUAUGGAAAUCCCGCAACAGAUGGUUUAUGCUCAGUUUGCUUUAAAGACACACUGCGAAAGAAACAACAACCGCCCGUUAGCAGUACACCAUCAGUUGCCGUUUCUAACUCAGCUUCCUCAGCAACAUCAGUCGCCUCUACCCUCAGUAGUUUUGCAAGUAAUGCAGUUCAACAUCAAGCAGUAACUGUAACAAACACAGCACAACCAACCGUGCAAAUCUUCAGUACAGAUAACAUUAAAGAGAAGCUUCCAGAUGAGGAAUCCUCAUCAAGUACAACCUCAUCCCUUGCUGUUGGACCCGGCACUGAAAAUUCAAGUCUCGAGCAAGACGAUAAGGAUAGCGAUAAAGAUCCCAAGAAGAAGAAGAAUCGAUGCGGAAUGUGUCGCAAGAAAGUCGGAUUAACAGGGUUUGAAUGCCGUUGCGGUGGCUUAUUCUGCGCAAUACAUCGAUACAGUGAUAAGCACGAAUGUACAUUCGACUAUAGAGAACAUGGGGCUGCAGAAAUUAGGCGUAAUAAUCCGGUAGUUGUUGGUGAGAAGAUACAGAAGAUUUGAACACUUGUGCCAUCUAUUUUUUUACAAUUUAAAUAUAUAAAUAUAUAUAAACACGUAUAAUAAUAAUAAUAAAUAAUGAGAAACUGAAACAUACAUAAAUUUGAAAUGAAAAUAAAAUGAAAAAUUAAACAAAAAAAUAAAAUAAAACAGAAUGAAAACCUACAC